AUGCAGGGGGAGUCAGAGGAGAGGUCAGUGAUCCUGACACUCGCACAUUGGCAGGUUAGGCGCCUGUCUACCCAAUUAUGGGUUGCCUACUCUGCCCAAAUAUACCUGGUAGUGGUAGCAGCGGUGGUGAGGGAGCAAUGUACUUUCUGUACUCUUCCUGCACAGCUCCCUCACACAGCGGGCAGUGAUGUGAGCUGGGCUCUGGGUGUAAGCCCUCUGGGAAGAGCACAGAGAACCCAGCAGCUCCCACUAUCCACCGCGUAGGGCUGGGGUCCUCAAACUCCUGCCACCAGAUGUUGCAGAACUACAACUCCCACGAUUCUUUGAAUUACGUAGAUAGCCAGAGAAUCAUGGGAGUUGUAGUUCAGCAACAUCUGGAGUGGCGGAGUUUGAGGACCAAGGUAGGAAGGCUGGAUUUAUCCCUUAAGGAAGGAAAUAAAUAAAAGGCAUGUUUGUGUGAGUGUGUCUGUAUGAAUAGUGUGCAUCUCUCACAGCUACCCUAGUGAUUAAUUGGAGAAUUGCACAUUUUACACAAAAUUCCUGGUGUGAAAAUUACUGGGGACAUUUAUUAGUUCACUUUGGACCUAAAUUACAAUUCUCAGGUCACUUCCUGGCUUAGUGAAUAACACUGACAGUCUCUCUGACAGGAUUACAGUGUUCACACUAGUCCUAUAUCUGUGUUACUGUAACAGUGAUAACAGUACACAGCACACACACACACACACACACACACUCACACACUGCACAUCCACUGCACACACAGCGCACACUGCACCCAGCACCCACACACUGCACCCACACACACUGCACCCAGCACCCACACUCUGCACCCAGCACACACACACAAACAAACUCACUCACUCACUCACUCACUCACUCACUCACUCACUCACUCACUCACUCACUCACUCACUCACUCACUCACUCACUCACUCACUCACGCAGCCAAAUCACCAGUGACGCAGUUUACAGCCCGGCUGAGAGAACAAGUGCAGGGAACUCCGCCUACAAGAAGUCUCAUUGGCUGGAACCCCUGUCAGUAAGCCAUGGGAACCCGCCUACCUACGCUGUCCAGAUUGUUUAUUGGCUGCGGCGGCUGUCAGCUGCGCGUGCUGGACCCGCCCCCCCUAGAACUCUUUUUUUUUUUUUACUCCAGCGGGGUCAAUGCCCUGGUAAUUCCUGAUUGGCUGCUAGAGCCUGGGAACUCACAGACCCGUGCCCGGGGGCGGGGUCAGUGCCGGAAGUGACGCGUGCGUUCCCGGAAGAGAGGGUCGAAGUUGUUGUAGAGAAGAGUUUUGUGGAGGAAGAUACGCAGGGAAGGCGCCCGGGGAACCAGUAUAGGUAAUAACACGGGCCGGGGAUACAAACAAUGGGUCAGGGAAAGGAGGGAGGGCCUCAGUGUGGGGGAAGGAGAGUCUGGGAUGUAGCAGGCAGGUAACAGAUUGGGGGAUGGGGGGACACAGAGAGGGGGAUGGAGUGACAGAGAGGAGCAUAUGGGGACAACAGAGGGGCAUGGGGUGACAGGUUAGUAUAUGGGGCAACAGAGGGGCACACGACAGGUUAGUAUAUAUGGGGCAACAGAGGGGCAUGGGGUGACAGGUUAGGAUAUCCAACAGAGGGGCAUGGGGUGACAGAUUAGGAUAUGGGGGCAACAGAGAGGGGCAUGGGGUGACAGAUUAGUAUAUAGGGGCAACAGAGGGCAUGGGGUGACAGAUUAGUAUAUGGGGGGCAACAGAGGGGCAUGGGGUGACAGAUUAGGAUAUGGGGGCAACAGCAUGGGGUGACAGGUUAGGAUAUGGGGCAACAGAGGGGCAUGGGGUGACAGAUUAGGAUAUGGGGGCAACAGAGAGGGGCAUGGGGUGACAGGUUAGGAUAUGGGGGCAACAGAGGGGCAUGGGGUGACAGAUUAGGAUAUGGGGGCAACAGAGAGGGGCAUGGGGGGACAAAGGCACCUGUGGUGACAGCAGAUUAGGACAUACGGUAAACAGCGAGAGGGGCAUGGGGUGACAGAGAGGGGCAUGGAGUGACAGGCACCUGUGGUGACAGAUUAGGACAUACGAUAAACAGAGAGAGGGGCAUGGGGUGACAGAGAGGCACCUGCAGUGACCGACUGGGAUCUAGGAUGACAGAUUAGGACAUGUGGUAAACAGAGGGAGGAAUGGGUGACAGAAAGGGUCAUUUGAAAUGGAUGUUAGGGCUUCCAGAUCCAGCAUGUUUCACUGAGCACCUGUGUGUGUGUGUAGAUAAACCGUUUGUGUAAUCCCAGCCUUGCAAGGCAUUCAGCCGUGAGAAAUAGUGAAGCAAAUAAAGUCUGUGGGCACCAGGGCUACUCUUUAUGUGCUGCCUACUACCUACAUCAUGAAAUGGGGUGUCUAGUAAAAUUGUUUGAUUAUUGGCAAGCUUAGUAGUGAGUGUAUCUAGUACAAGGUCAAGGCAUAAGAUAUUUCAAAGAGACCAGGUAAGAUUAUAGGAUCCUGGAUAUAAUAAACCUAGGAAGGCUUUAAAAAAUAGAUAAGAGAAAGCAUUUGCAGAUAUGUAGCUGGGCAAUGAGCAGUAGGAAUAAAAGGUCAGGAGAGGAGAUAAGUGAAUAUGGAAAAUGUCAGAUACAAGAGGAGAGAAAGUUAGGGAGUUGCAGGUUUACAAGGAGAAAUCUUCCUAAAUUACUGCAGACCGCUAUGAGGAGAGUGACAGCUAGCUUAAUAGGAAGCAGGCUAGACCUGAAUGUGGGCCGUGUUGUAUAAGAUGAAAAAGACAGUGAGGACAAUUUACGCGAAAGUGAAACAGUCAUAAGUGUGAGGAUAGGGUGUUCUUAGAAGGAGUAUGAGAAAAUAUAUUGUCUGAUGACUGGCAAGGCAUUGGCAAUCAAAGGCAUAAGAUGAUGUUACCAGGCAGCUAAUGUGCCAGAAGGGGGGAAAAGUAACAGGUAUAAGUAAAGAUACAUGGCAUCAUAAGAAGUUGCAGAGUGGGUAGCCAAUUGUGCUAAAUGUUUCAUAGAUUUGUAUUAAUCAAUUUACAUACUUUUUUUUUUUUUUUAUAAAUAAAUAUAACAAACUCUGUGUACUGAAAGGUCAUGGUAUGAGGUAGCUAUAGAAAAAUAUAUAUUGUGAUGGUUGGUUUAAAUAAAAUGGCUAUUCAGCAUAACUAUUGUGAAAUCUAUGUCCGUUUAAUCAGGGGAGCAUUAAGUGUAUCUGAAGUAUUUGUCAAUUCCUUUAACCUGUUAUGUUGCUACUUCCACUGAAAGAUUAUUUCAGGCACGGAAGUAUUUGUUUAACCCCUUAGGGACCAAUGGCAGUCUGUGCCAUCAUAUUAUUUUGUUUUUUAAGAUUCCUAUUCCAACAUGAAAUGUUCCAUGGAAUUUGUGACUGCAAGGAUUCGUGGAGUUGCCAGUACUACAAAAACAUAAACUUUGGUGCUGGUGUAAUGACAAGCUAUAACAUUCAGUCCUCAGGGGUUUUAUGAAACCCCUGAAAAUGUUUCCUCCUUCAUCUUUUUAGUAUCUUAGCACAUUAGAACGGUUUUCUUGUCUUUCCUGGUGCACAUGCUAAUGUUACGAAGCAUUUCCUGGUAAUUUCUUAUUUGUUCGUUAGACAAGAUCAUUUAUUGCCCCUUAUUUUAAUUGUCACUAUAUGAUCUAUGACCAUUUAAAGCCACAGCCCCCAGAACUGAACACUUGUAAGAGUUAUACAUUAAUGUCUUGCUCUAAAGUACUAAAAGUGAAGCAGUUUCCAUGGAAACCAUUGCAGCCUGCUUCGCUUUCAGAACAUUCUUUUUACAUAACCCUAAAUCUUUCAAAUGAGAAUUAACCCUUAACUGAUCAAGGUUUAUGUACAAAUUUUGGUUCAACUAUUGUAGUCUAUGUACAGUCAAGCAUUCUGUAGUUUGGCUUUAAAUAAUAGUUAUGCCUCAAGUAUGUCUUGGCAAAAAAUAAAUAAAAAAUAAGUAGUAGAUAGUCAUGUUAAGUCCACAUUUGUGUCCAAAAACUUUUUGUUUUGUUAUACUUUAGAUUUUUAACACCACUGCAUUUUUUUUAAUCAUUUGACUUGAUAUUCUUGGUGAGUAAGCUUUAUCACAAAUGAAUGUGUCAUCAGGGAAAAGGCAUAACUUCCCUUGAAUUUUACUUGCAUUACCAGUCAUUUAAACAUUUUAUUGAAUAGUCACCCAGCCAUGACUUUGUACCAACAGGAAAUAUUUGUGGGAAAUGUUUAGCAAGGGUUUCAUGACAAGUGGAAGGCUUGUCAUGACUGUGAAGUUAUGAUGUGUUUGCCACGACUAAGAUAAAGUGAACUUGGUUUGGGGCAUGAUGAUCUGUUACCUGGCCUAUUUUCUCUAAGGGAUUCAAAAGGGUAAAUUUAUGAGGCAGAGAGGAUAUUUUAUACUGAAUUGCUUGGAGAGAGGCUGGUAUGAUAAUGCUGAUGGACUCUCAGAUUGAAGAACAUGGAAUAUUAUGAGGCUGAACUGUAGCCGUAUGGCUUUUAUUUGUCCAAAUAUAACUGUUUCAACCAAACCUUAGCUAUUUUACUAUUUACAAAAGGCAACAUUGGGUAUUUCAUCUGUAUUUACCCUUCAGUUCGGCUGGCGUUUAGUUUGGUGGUAAUAAGAGUAUCUACAUAUUUGAUUCGGCUCUUUAAAAAAAAUCCCUUAAUUAAUUUUACUUCAGACUAGGAAAGUGCUUCCUUAACCUUAAAGGGAUACUUUAGUAACCAAAACAACUGGAUAGCUUAAUUAAGCAGUUUUGGUGUAUAGAUCACGUCCCUGCAGUCUUAUUGUUUAAUUCUCUGCCAUUUAGAAGUUAAAUGACUUUUGUUUCUGUUUAUGCAGCCCUGGCUGUGACUUACACAGCCUGCAGGAUAAAAAUGAUGGUUUCAUUUUUAAUCAGAUGUAUCUUACUUUAAAUUUUUUAUUUAUUUAUUUUUAAAUCUCCUGCUCUGUAACUUGAACUUUAAUUACAUACAGGAGACUCCUGCAGGGUCUAGCAAGCUAUUAACAGAAUAGAAGAUAAGAAAUUCUUAAUUAAACAGACUGUGCAGUAAAGUAAGUGUAGUUGUAGUUUAAUGUAGUUGUUCUGGUGAGUAAAGUCAGUCCCUGCAUGCUUUUUGCAGUAAACACUGUCUUUUCGAAGAAAAGGCAGUGUUUACAUUUCAGUCUAGUGACACCUCCAGUGGCCACUCCACAGUUGGCUAUUAGAGGUGCUUUCUGGGGCAGUGCUGUACACUAAUUAGCACUGACAUUGUCUCCACCCUCUCCAUGGAGACACUGAACUUUACUCAAAGAGAUGCAUUGAUUCAAUGCAUCUCCUCAUAGAGGGUGGCUUUUGGCUCCGUCCCUGUCAUUGUGUGUGUGCGCGCGUGUCUGUUUAGGUAACUGGGCCCCCCUCCUGUGCUUUUACUUUUUUUUUUUUUUCUUCCCAAUGCCGUACUGGUAUUGUCGUAUUGUAGAUGAUGAAGCUUGAUGAUUUCAGCCACUCCAAUACUUUUCCAUAGGAAAGCAUUGUGAGGCUACUGCGCAUGCUCACAAUGCUGCACCAAUCAUCAUUUACUCAUAGAGAUGCAUUGAAUCAAUACAUGUGUAUGGGGAACGUUCAGUUAAGAUAUGAAGCACCUUCAGUGGCCAUCUGAGAGAGGGCCACUAGAGGUAUUACUAGGCAGCAAUGUAAACACUGCCUUUUAUAUGAAAAGGCAGCGUUUACAUUGAAAUACCUGCAGGGACAGGCUAUAGACAAUAGAACUUUAAUCUGUAGUGGUGCUGAUGACUUUAGUGUUCCAUUUAGAAUUAUAUUUCUUGUUGUUUAAAUAUAAGCUUUGUUAGUUCAAAAAACAAACAAACCCUGGCUCAUAGAUUCAAAGAUAAUUUGUCAACCUUGAUUUACCAAUAUUACCGAUUCAUACUACAUUGUCCCAUUAGGUAGAUUUCACAAUGAGUUUAUUUACUUCUAUACAACUGCUUCGGUGAUAUUUCUAUUAGGCUGUCAUUUCCACUCUGAUGAUCUGGGAUCUAUCAUUCGGUAUGUGUGUUUAAGUAGUAGUACAUGUUAGAAUGUCACUGUAUUGUAUUCCUGCAUGUAGAUUCUUAAGGAGUUACUCCAAGACCAUGGCUACGUCAUAACUUUACCGCAAGCAGCGUCAUUAGUCUGUUUAGAACAAGAGCUCUGGGCUGGCUAAUGUCAGUUCUGUGCAAAGAGUUAAAUUGAUGGCAGAAAGAGAUCAGCAUAUGCUCUCGGCCAAUGAAUGGCAAGUGGGAUCGACUGCAGAAGCUGGAUGCCUGUCAUUGGCCAUAGCGUACCAUCUAUGCUAAACUAGGACCCAGGUAAGAAAUGGGGCCAGGGUACACCUGGCAUCAUAACCACUACAGUAGUUGGAGUAAUCCUUUAAGCCAUUCUGCUCACUAAUCCUAGCCGUCACAUACAGUUCACUAUUUAUGAAAAUCUCAUAAUCCUUUGGGGUUUAAUUUAGGGAAAUCCAUUUCAUUUACAGGGUUCUUAACUAAAAUGAGAAUUGCAGGGAAUUCAAGGUUUAAUGUCAAAUAGCUGAACUGGAAACAUUCUCCUAGUCCGCCAUGCUUUCAAUUCGGCUACUUUGUCCUUUAAUUUGGAAUAAGUUUGAAAUUAAUUUUGAAUUCCCUGCAAUUCUCACUUUUAGUGGCUAUCCCUGUUAGUGCUAGAUUCUACAUUUUGUGCGAGAGUGUUCUGCCUGUGUUAUUGAUUCAGUGUAUUGAAGGACCUACUUGGAACACAAGGGUCAACCAACAAGCAUAAUCAGCAAAGACCGGUUCCCUUAUUCUUCUUGCAAAGCAUUACACAAGGCAUUCUAAGAAAGUGGGGAAGCACACUCCGUAGCAUUCUGUCAACAAGAAACUUUUUAAAAUGCAUAUUAAACACCACUAAACAAUAGACCUACUUUGUAAAUAUGUGUUGAUGUAAGCAGCAUUGGACAUCAGAAAACAAAAUGUCUCAGUCUCAUUAGUUCCCCCUCUGUCAGCAUCUCAUAUUUUAAACUCAAAAAACGUCAGUCCCUGAUGUUUCAUUUCCCCUGUUUUUAAUUCCCUAAUUGUUGUUUGGACGUGUUUUGCAGUAUGAACUGUAACUUCUUUUCCGGCAAGCUGCAGGUGCUCAUUGGGAAGAGGUGCACACACUCGACAUUUUGUUGUGCAAUAAGGAAAUAAUAAAGUUUGAAUAUGUGCAAAGUUGAUAAAAGACCGAUUUGUUAACUGGUCAGUGAGUUAAUUCAGAAUUGCAGGAAAUAGACCCUGCCCCCUCCCCCUCCAAAAAAAUGAAUUAACUUAUGGCAGCAUACCACAAGUGGCUCUGUCACCUCAAAUGUUCCUUUCUCCUAUUGUUUCCUCUUCUCUUGUUCUUUUUUUCUCUCUCUUUAUUUCUGGUCUAGUAGUCACUAUUUUGUUUUUAUAUAGUUUCCCUACAUUUGGUAAUCUUGACAAAAGGUGGAGCUUAAGGAAAGUUUCAUCCUUUGUUAGCUGGAUAAAGGAAGUGGAGCUUCCCUUAAGCUCCACCCUUUUGUCACGUUUUGUCAGGCACAGGAGAAAUACAUACAACAAAGUAGUAGCUACUUUGCAGCGCUGAUCCAGGAAGCACCACUAGAUGUGUUCCUAGGUAGUAAUGUAAACAUUCUAUGAAAAGGCCGUGUUUACAUUAAAAUUCUUUCAGACAUGCUGUAGGCUCCAGAAGAACUGCAUUACGCUGUAGUUGUUUUGGUGACUAGUGUCCCUUUAACAGUUACCUAGAUGUUACUGAAUUUCAGCUGGCAAUUUUCGGCUGCAGCCAUUGGUCUUCCAAAUUAUGUCAGAGGAUAACUGGAAUUAUAGUUGUCCAAUAGAUAGCAGAUUAUGCUUGGCUGUUCCUGCUUUAGACUUUCAGUGGUUUAACCCUCUAGCUGUCAGAAAUUUGCAUUGUGUCACAUGUCCAUCAGGCAUAUGGACUGUGCAGAUUUAAAGGUUAGAUGGAUCACAAUAGCUUAAACUUUUUGUUGCACUCCUGCAUACGACUGCUGCUUCUUCAGCAGAAAGAUCUUGCCAGCCUAGGUUAUUGCCAUAUUGCUGCUGAUUGCUCCUGUAUAAUUAUUUUCGGUUUGGGAUGGAUUUUUGCUUUUGAUUGUCUGUUCAAUAGUUUAUCAUUCACUUUAAUGAUGGGGAUUUAUAAACAAUAGAAUUUUUUUUUUUUUCUUGCUCUCUCCUUUUUGGGAGGGUCAUAAAGGGUUGAUGACCUGAUUAUCAUUACACAAUUUAUCUGGUUUAGAGAUUAUUAGUAGAGCACAACUUUCACAUUCCAGAAUAAUGCUAUCUGGUAGACUUGUGCAGAAAUUAGUUUGUCAUGGGUCCUCCAAGCCUUUUAACCCACACCUGAACCAAUUGAUCCUUACAGGAUUUACCUCACUCGUUCAGGUGUAGAUUAAAAACCAUUGGAUUCGGGCAAACCACACCAAACUAAUUUUUUGCAUAAUUGUAUAAUCUGGUACUUUUUUGUAUUCCCUUCAGAAAAUUAAGUUAGCUCUUCUAUAUCCAUCAUGUUUUUCUGAACUCCUGUCAUGUCUUUGCUGAUGGGCAGUACAUGAAAAGGGUUGCCUUGUGGUAUUGAGCUCUUAUCCAACAAGAUAGAAUUCGGUCUUCAAAGAAUCCAAUAGGGUCUACAUAUGCUGCCAUAAGCAUGUUGAAACAAAAUUUUUUUUUUAGGGUAUUUUUUCUUCAUUUGUUUUACUUCAAUUUGGCUUUACAAAGAACAUUUUCACUGUUGAUUUCAAAAUUGAGAUUUAUUGUACUUAUCUGUGCAGCCCCGUAUCCAGUGGGAGAGACAUUCCCACAGGGAGCUGACAGCGGCCAUAUACCCACUGGGUGAAGCAAAGUUUCUCAGGGAGCUGACAGCGGCCCUAUACCCACUGGGUGAAGCAAAGUUUCUCAGGGAGCUGACAGCGGCCCUAUACCCACUGGGUGAAGCAAAGUUUCCCAGGGAGCUGACAGCGACCUUAUACCUACUGGGGGAAGCAGAGUUUCCCAGGGAGCUGACAGCGGCCCUAUACCCACUGGGUAAAGCAAAGUUUCCCAGGGAGCUGACAGCAGCCCUAUACCAACUGGGUGAAGCAAAGAGUCAAAGGGAGCUGACAGCGGCCCUAUACCCACUGGGGGAUGCAGAAUUUCCCAGGGAGCUGACAGCGGCCCUAUACCCACUGGGUGAAGCAAAGUUUCCCAGGGAGCUGACAGCAGCCCUAUACCCACUGGGUGAAGCAAAGUUUCCCAGGUUGCUGACAGCGGCCCUAUACCCACUGGGGGAUGCAGAAUUUCCCAGGGAGCUGACAGCAGCCCCAUACCCACUGGGUGAAGCAAAGUUUCCCAGGGAGCUGACAGCGGCCCUAUACCCACUGGGGGAUGCAAAGUUUCCCAGGGAGCUGACAGCGGCCCUAUACCCACUGGGUGAAGCAAAGUUUCCCAGGGAGCUGACAGCGGCCCUAUACCCACUGGGUAAAGCAAAGUUUCCCAGGGAGCUGACAGCAGCCCUAUACCCACUGGGUGAAGCAAAGUUUCCCAGGUUGCUGACAGCGGCCCUAUACCCACUGGGUGAAGCAAGGUUUCUCAGGGAGCUGACAGCGGCCCUAUACCAACUGGGGGAAGCAGAGUUUCCCAGGGAGCUGACAGCGGCCCUAUACCCACUGGGUGAAGCAAAGUUUCCCAGGGAGCUGACAGCGGCCCUAUACCCACUGGGUGAAGCAAAGUUUCCCAGGGAGCUGACAGCGGCCCUAUACCCACUGGGUGAAGCAAAGUUUCCCAGGGAGCUGACAGCGGCCCUAUACCCACUGGGUGAAGCAAAGUUUCCCAGGGAGCUGACAGCGGCCCUAUACCCACUGGGUGAAGCAAAGUUUCCAGGGAGCUGACAGCGGCCCUAUACCCACUGGGUGAAGCAAAGUUUCCCAGGGAGCGGAGAGCAACCUCCGUACUCAAUGGGUGAAGCAAAUUCCUACAGGGAGAGAAUAGCAAACCCGUAUCCAGUGAGUGAAGCAAAGCUCCACAGGGAGCUGACAGACAAGAUUUGUUGCUUUUAACUAUGUAGACGGUUUGUGAUUUAGUUCUAUGUGGUAAUUUAUUAUUCAGCUACUAGAAAAAUGUAUAUUUCCUAAUUGAAUCCAGUCCUGCAGUCUGUGGGAUAAUUGUUACUAACUUGCUAGAGUAAAGUAUCCCUGCUAAUGGAAUUCAACAUUUUUGUUGGUAAAGCUGGGUAUAUUAUGGUAUUUUGCAAGCAUCCCACUUUUAAAUAAUUCUUUCACAUUAAACCGAGAUUUUGAUUGUGAGCAGGAUGUGCUUACAUUUGUUCACAUUUUAGAUAUUCUCAUUAACAUAAUUUAUCUCUUGUGAUUAGAACACACACUUACCAGCAUGCACCUGGCACCCUCUUCCUGCAGUCAGACCCUCUUCUGCACUAGAAGGAAUCUAUCAUUCUAUAACCCACUGCCUAGCAGAGCUUUAUGGAAUAAGUAGUUUAUCACCAAGAGAAAUCCAACUCAUUGCUUAGGAAGGGAGCCAGCAGCUAUUCUGCAGGUGCUAUCUGUCUACAUAUAGCCCAGGACACUGUUUAGUGAAACCGGCUAAGCUCUUGGUGGAGCUGCAUGGUCUGUGUCUCGGCUACAUCUCGUAGAAAGAGAGAGUUUAGAGAAGACUAAAAGGGAUACUGUAGUGCCAGGAAUACAAAGUUGUACUUUAUGUAUUUAAAUGUUUCUAUCAUAUCCUCCCUGUCUCGUCUUUACUCCAAGCUAUACAUGGUAAGAUCCUUUUAACUUUUCUUUGUAAGUUUUAUCCUGCAAUCCAUGAACCAGUUUAGUAGCCCUUCUCUAAACUCUCUCCAAAGUAUCAAAAUCCUUCUGGAGAUACGGUCUCCAGUACUGCGUUCAAUUCUACAAAUGAGGUCUCACCAGUGUUCUGUACAAUGGCAAGGGACACAGCACCCAGACCACUACAAUUAGCUGAAGUGGUCUGGGUGCCUCCAGUAUCUCUUUAAAUAAAGGCUGAUUUGCUGGAGGUGGAGCAAAUGUCGGAUAUUAGGAGCAGACUAAGUUUCAAGCAGAAAUGCUGCGUAGACUGGGUCGUUGCAACGUAACGGCUUCAGGAGGCUGAGAUGGUGAUGGUACUAAAUAUUUAAUUUGCUUCCUAAUUGUCUGAACACUGCUUGGACUAAGAUAAAAUUACAGGCCUAUAGGGAGAUGCACCCACCAGAAACUAUUGCAUUCUUAUAUGUGCAGCCGAUGGCUAAGACAGAUCUGUUACAAAUCCUAUAUCUUGAAUACCGGUGUCUUUCUUUGUGUGUCUGUUUGACUCCAUUAUGCUAUUUGAGAAAUAGAAAGUUUGCCUUAUAAACCUUUAUGAAUAUCUAUUUGGCUUUCUGUAUGCCUCUCUUGCAGUCACAGGCUCUUUGUGGCUCUCUUUCUGUAGACAAAUAGUGUCUUUCAGUGCACUAUCCCUAUAGAGCAGAAUAGAAAGCCCAAUGUGUUUACAGAGUGAGUAGAACAGUAUUUUGUCUGAAUUUCACAAGGCAUUUUCUCACAGUUGAACAAAAAUCUUCUGUGAUGUCAUCGAUGUGCAGUUACACAGACAUGAUUCAUUCCCUUACUACGGAUCUUGUAUUCUAAAGGAGCACAAGGUAAAAAAUAAAUAUAUAUUUUAUCCUUGUAUUGCUGUAUUCGUUAUGGGUCCUCCCUUUUAAAAUGAGAAAAAUAAAGCUAAGAAAAUACCAAGAAUAAAACUUAACCUGCAAUUCAGUGCUGAUAGUCUUCUUGCUGCAGCCCACGUUGUUUCUUCUGAGAUCAUCAUGAUGGAUAGACAAGCAUUGGAAAGCAACGGCAUGUGUGCGAUACUCACCGUGCUCAGCCUAUCCAAUGCUUCUCAUGCUGUGUGUGAUGUAUGAGAAAAUGAAUGCAGUGGUUUGGGUACAUUGGUUGUGUCAUUUUACAAACUGCAAUAUUUGCAUUUCAUGGUUACAUCCACCUUUGGUGGCUCCCUUCCUUACAGCCACUAGAGGUGAUUCCACCUCCAGACCGAAUAAAACUCCAUGUGAUUGGAGGAGUGCAUUUGUCUGUGCAUGUGCAUCUCCAAUCCAUUGCUUUUCCAUGAGAAGCAAUGGAUGGGAGAUCACAGUUGAUUUCAGCAUGGAUGCUGACAUCACCAGAGGCAGAGCUGGAGGCUUCAGCAGGGGAGUCCCUGGGCUGGAAAGAAGGGAGUGGACAGAAGGAAACCUAUCCCCAAAUAGCAAUUGACACUGACCAAGGAAACAAUUUUGUAGUUAUUGUUUUUCUUUAACGCUUACACCAAAUCACUUCAAACUUUUCUCACUGUUAUGAGGUAUCACAUCUUCUCCUCUGAUACACAUAUUUACAAUUUAGUUGUUCUCCCUCUCUGCUACUUACCACUAAUUCUUUACACUCUAUAGUACAUUUUUGGGCGAUGCACUGCUUACAUUUUAAAGGCUAUGAUGGCAUCAGACUAUUUGCUAUUAUGGUUUACUUUACAAAUCCUUGAUUGCUACAGCACAAAUUGUCUAGGGGGUCAUUUUAGCUCAUGUGCAGGUUAUGUAACUGUACCAGUCGUCUAUUGAAUGAGGGAAUCAACUGCCCCAUGCUUGAUCUGGACUUUGAUCACUGUCUGUCAGACACAUAUUGUGUAUGUUGUGCAAUGGACUGCACCCGGAAAUAGGUCAUGAGGGUAAGCUGCAGUGGUUAAUUGGAGGAAGUCUGUAUAGGUUACCAUAGGUCAUGGCUGUGAUUUAUUAGAUAGAUAUAGAUAUAUAUAUAUAAUAUAUUUGUAGCAGGUGUGUGAAUUUGCAUUGUCGCAUCCAAUACUGUUUGGGCACUAAAGGGACUUAGACAGCAAAACACUGCACAGGGUGUGUAAACUAGAGAAAACUAAGUUUAACUGUAAUAGGAAAGCAUUAGUUCAGUGUUUUUAUUUUUUUUUAUUUUUUUUGAAGGGCUGCAUAGAACAUAAUUUUACUGUUGGAACCUUCUUACACAUGACCGUUCUUUUGAAGCAAAAUUGUUGCCAUUCUCAGAAUCCAUCUCUCCUCUACUGAAUCUGUCCUGUUUACCCACAAGGACAUUAAUGUUAAUUUUAUUAUACUUGCAAGCUCGAGUCAAAAAGGGGGCAAAAAAACCACCAAAACCCUUAAAUGAUGCAGUCCUUUUGAAACCUUAAAGGAGCAGUGUUAAGAUUUAAUUUUUUUUUCUUUAUGACCCUUAUACUCGUUAUUUGACUUUAUAUUCAUCCCUUUAUCUUUUCUUCUCUGUACUGGAUCUCAGUACUUGGAUUUCUCUCCUUCUGAUUGAUGGAUUGUGGGUAAAUUACCUUGGCAACUGACAUGCAACUUUGCCUGAUCUCUUCCAGUUGUCAAAUAUUGCUGAAUAUUACACUCCCCAUUAGAAAAGCAAUGCAUACGUUUACUUAUGUGUAACUAAAAAAUUGAAUCUCAAAAAAGUAAAAACAAAAAAAUGAUUAUUUUAAAAACGAAACGUGCAAAGUGACUGUGCUGCUUUAAGGCAGUUCAGAGUAGGACCUUAGUUACAGCUAUCUUAGCUACACCCUCUAAGGGGGCCAUAUUUCUCACUGUAUUUUAUGUUGUGUCUGUUUAUUUAGGUAGGUCAAGAUGACCGUUUGUUCAAAAAUCGGCAGGAAUUUUGUUUUCAUACAAAGUUGUUCAACAAAUAAUUUGAGCCAUAUCUUUAGUCAGAAGAGAAAACUGUCAUGAACUUGUAUUGUGGGAGAGGGACCUGUACCAGGUUGUUGCUGGUAAUUUGUGGAGCUUUCCUCCAGUUAGAAAUGAUCAAUAAAUCCACUGCUUUCUACAUACUUGUUAGUCAAGGUCUAUUCUACAAUGUUUUAAAUAAAAACUUGCUGUGGGGUCGGUGAAAGCGGAUUCCUGGCACAAUAACCAUUACAGCGGGCUGUAGUACUUAUGUUGCUUAGAGUGCCCCUUAAAACACUUAAAAGUAGACUUCAAGUACCAUAACCACUACUGUGCACUGUUAUAGGUAGAGUGCCAGAAGUGCCCUUUGAGGACAAGUAGUGUGACGAUUUGUGGCACCCUGCAAUGUAUAGAAAGUUUUAUUGGCUGAGUUCUCUUAGCCAAUGAUCUCAGCCCUGUACUACAGUGCUAGCCCAGUACAGCAUUGGCCAGCUUCUGGCUCUCAUUGAGAAACUAGCCAAUGCCCGGCGGAUCUCGGGUAACUUGGCAAACCGUUUUCAAACGGUUUGCCUAACUUCCCUGGCAGAGUGUUAUGGCAUUGGCACUAGUGUGCUGUAGUGGUUAUGGUAUUUGAAGGGUUCUUUUAAUAUUGGUUUCUCAAUUAGUUGGUAGUAUUCCAGUGACAGAACAAGUUAUAUUACUGAGUGGACUGCUUAAAGAAAUGUAAAAAUGGUUGUCUGCUAAGUAUUUUUGUAAGUUUAAAUAUCUUUAACCAUCCUUUGCUUUGCUGUCUUUGAAAUACAAUAACUGAAAUACUAAACAUUAAUUUUUUUAAAAAAAGUGUAAAUUAAUGAACUUGUACAUGUGUACUUAUUGGAACACUUUAGUGUUGGAAAGACAUAGAUGUUGGUAUCCCUCUGCCCCAUCCCAUUUAUGAAAUGGUUUAAAAAAAAAUCAAAAAAAAAAAAUCCUUUUAAACCUUUAACUGAUUCCCCUCGACAUUGGUUUGCACUUUUACUCUGCCAACAUCAGCCGAUGGGGGAAACCUAAUGCGCAUGUGCGGUGGGUCAGCGUCGUUUCAUGGAUUCAAAAUCCGUGAAACUCCUGGAAUUGCCUCUAGUAGCUCUUUGGCAGAGGCAGUUUUAGCCCUGCAAUGUAAACAUUGCAUUUUCUCUGAAACUACUUUGCAGCGCUAAAGGGGAGAUGAAGUGGUCUGGUUGCGUAUAGUGUCCCUUUAAGUGAGGGCACAUAAAAUAUAGAAAAAAGAACAAGAGAAAUAGCAUUACUUUUUCACCACGAUAUCUUAAAGCAUACAAGCAUAGAUGCAGGUGUGCACUCUCAUAUACUAGAGCAAGACAAGUGUACAUUCUCAUGUUCAGUCUUAUAGAAAUGCUAAAUGGCCAAUAUGGAUAUGCAUUGGAGAAUAUUUAUCAAAGUGACAGUUAAAUUGUGUCAUUAGUUUGAUUGUAUUUAUUAGAGUUCUAAAAAUAGUUUUCUUCACAUUACAUUUGUCAUAAUUGAAAUAGAAUUGUUAGACAUUGCAUUGCUAUAAAAAAUGGCAUUUAUAUAAAAAUAAAAAUGGAUAUGGAGCAAAAUAAGCAACAGGUGGGGGGGGGGGAGCGGGAAGGAGGGGAGAUGACGACCGCUUUAAUUGUGCCACAAAGAAACCUACAAUUAGAAGAAAAUGUUUUCUCAACACUUAAAUGUAAAUGUCCCCCAAUAUUAUCAAUGUGAAUAUCCCAAGAAUUUAUAAAUCCUUCUCAAAUUUCAGAAAUUAUUUUCUUACAUUAUUAUUAUUAUUUUUUUAAAUUCUGUUUCUCUCCACAUCUCUUCUCCUGUGUGUUACUUUUGUCCCAUUCCAUAAGGCAGCUGGAUUACGUGGAAGUUUGUGUUGCCCUGUGUGUGUUUGUGCAUUGAUGACUAGAUACGUUCAGUUCAUAGAUGGAUAGAUAACGCGUAACAAGAGCAAAGGUCGAGUAGUUUAUGAAUGUCUAAGCCCGAGAUGGUAUUAUCUUCUCCUAGUACACUAUUCACUGUUUAUUAUUAUUAUUAUUUUAGUUUAUCUAUUUGCAGUUUUGUUUUUGUUUUUGUUCCCUCUAUAUUUUAUUUUACAUAUAAAGGAACCCUUUCAAGUAUGCUGUAAUGGUUUUGGUGCCAGGUGUGCCCUGUGUCCUGUCUCCCAACUCCCUAUUUAAAUAGUAAAUGCUAGCAGAUUGACUUCUAAUGUAGGGUGAGUUGGUCACUGCCUUUAUUGAAAGCCAGAAGCUUCUGAUAGCUCUCCUGAAGAAAACCUUGCUUUGCAAAGCCAGUUCAUUGCCUCUAAGCUUAAACAACAUGAUCUGUCACUGACUGCAAAAAGCUUUUUUUGCUAUCAAGGGUUGUGACUGCCCCCAGAUCUGUUUAUGUAGAAAGGUAGUACAGAUUGCGAUUUUAACCCUUGUUCAAGAGUAGAGAAUUCCCUCUCUUAAAGAAGUGUUCUACAUUAAAGAAAUGCAAAAACAUUGACUCCAGAUGUUCAGUCCUACAAAUAAUUAGCCAAGUAGAGAUUGUAGAAAUGCUUUAGACUUGAGAAAGGGAGGUUCUACCGAAAGCUUGUCAUUAAAAAAUUCUGUUCGUCCAAUAAAAAAAUAGGUAUUACAAGAUGCAAAUUUCAUCUGUUAAGAGUUAGCCAUAAAUUUGGAGGAGUUGUAGCAUUUUAAAGGUUGACAAGGGAGGAGAUGGGCAGUUGAUAAAAUAAUUAUUGAGAUUCAGUUAAAAAAAACCCACAAAGAUUCUCUGGUACCAUAAAGAUUGCUUGCUAUAUUUCAAUUGCAGAUUGUUAGAAGCUAGAGCUCAGGUUUACUGCAACCGCUCACAUUCAAGCAAACAUUGUUUUAUUUAUUUAAAAAUAUUUCUCCCAAGGACGCACUGAGCCAGAACACACUGUCCCAAGGAUUUUGUUUUACGGGAAGUUGGUGUUCUUUCUAGAUAACAGUACAUUUACUAAUUUGGAAAUUUUUACAAAGCUCUGAUAUGCCUAAAUUUCUUUUCUUCAUUUUGACUACUAAGCAAAGACGUUCAGUAUACUUGUAUAAAUUGCCAUUUGUAUAGCGCCAACAGAUUCCGUAGCGCUUUACAAUAUUAUAAGAGAGGGAGGAUUUAACUAUAAAUAGGACAAUUACAAGAACACUUACAGGAACGAUAGGUUGAAGAGGACCCUGCUCAAAUGAGCUUACAGUAUAUAGGAGGUGGGGUAUAAAACACAUUCGGACAGGAAAUAGCAAUCAAAUAAUGUGGGAGUGAAGCAGAGCUGGAGGAGAGAGUAAAGUGCUGCCCUUUAGGAGAGAGCAAGAGACAGGUAUGUGAGGUAAAGGUUACUCUGGGAGGCCAUAAGCUUUCCUAAAGAGAUGGGUUUUAAUGCACUUCUUAAAAGAUGCAAGACUAGGGGAGAGUCUGAUAGUGGUAGGCAGGCUAUUUCAUAGGAAGGGAGCCGCCCCUCGGGAAGCCCUACAAGUGUGAGUUGGCCGUACGGGUGCGAGCAACUGACAGGAGAAGGUCAUGGGCAGAGCGGAGUGAUCGAGAAGAGACAUACCUAUGGAUCUGUAAAGAAAUAUGAGGGGCUAGAAUUGUUCAGUGCUUUAUAGGUAUGGGUAAGCAUGUUGAAUUGACUUCUAUAGGAUAUAGGAAGCCAAUGUAAGGACUGACAGAGGGGUGAGGUGUGAGAGGACCGACUAGAGAGAAAAAUCUGUCUGGCGGGAGCAUUCAUUACAGACUGUAGCAGGCAAUACGACUUUUGGGAAGACCAGUUAGUAGAGGGUUACAAUAAUCCAUGCGGGAAUACUGAAGCUUGGACAAGCUUCUUGGUAGCAUCUUUGGUAAGAAAGGUGCAGAUGCAGAAGGGAGAGCGAAAGAGGAGGAUCAGUUUUAGGAGGAGGAAAGACUAGGAGCUCAGUUUUAGAGAGAUUGAGUUUCAGAAAGCGUGAGCACAUCCAGUCAGAGAUGGAAGCAAGGCAAGCAGUGACAUGUUGCAGGACGGCAGGGGAGAGGUCGGGGGAGGAGAGAGAUAUCUGGGUGUCAUCAGUGUACAGGUGGUACAUCCAAAAAGAGGUAAUAAGUUUGCCAAGAGAGGCAGUGUAAAUAGAAAAGAGUAGGGGACCAAGGACACAGCCUUGGGGGACCACAACCAAGACAGGAUGAGGGGAGGGAGGUAUCAUUAGAAAAGGAGACACUAAAUGAGCAUUAGGAGCGAUAAGAGGAAAACCACAAAAUAAGUCACAGAGACUGAGUGAAGAGUUCGAAGAAGGAGAGCAUGAUCAACGGUGUCAAAGGCAGCAGAGAGGUCAAGAAGAAUUAGUAUGGAGUAGUGGCCUUUGGAUUUAGCUGCGAUUAGGUAGUUAGUAACUUUGAUAAAUGCAGUCUCAGUAGAGUGGAGAGGGCAGAAGCCAGAGUGAAGAGGGUCAAGGAGAGAGUUGGAAUUGAGGAAGUGAGACAUAUGGGUAAGAACAAGUCUUUCCAGAAGCUUUGAGGAAAAAGGGAGCAGGGAUAUGGGACAAUAGUUAGAGGGGGAGGACGGGUCAAGAGAUGUUUUUUUUUUUUUUCCCAGGACAUGUACUACAGUGGUAUGUUUAUCCGAGUGUUCUACUUAGAAGUAUUUUUAAGCAUAUUAAUGUUUUAUUUUGUGUGUUUUGUUUUUCCAGUCUGUUGUGUAUCUGCAUUGGUAGAUGCUUGCAGCAAGAUGACUUAUUUGAUUGCUAUGAAUGUCUAAGCCCCAGCCUUUUGGCCAGUCUCCUUGCUAAACAUUCCGGUACGUAUACUAUCUUGGUGGUAUGUAUUAGAAUGCCAUGCAGGAAUUGUACUUUUAUUUUUAACUCUGUAGCGUGGAAACAAGCAGAAUAAUUCUGCUUCUAGAACAUUGCCCCAGAAUUACUCUUUAUCCUCAACACCAAAAAAAAUGUUUUUACUUUAUUGUCCGUUUAGGCCAUUAAUUCCAUCACUAUUGAUAGCUACAAUUUCCAAUCUUGCCAUAAGCAAUAUGUACAUUAUUUUCAUCAAAUGGCUGUACAUUUAUAGAAUUUAUGUAUUUUAAGCUUAUUCUUAAACCUGUCAAAGAUCACCAACCCCAGUAUUUUAGGGGAUUUUCGGUUCUGUUAGAAUAAUGUAUUGGUAGGGAAAACACAAGCUCAUUGGUGAGUGGCGGUUUGAGAACUAAUCAGAGAAGAUUAUUCAGAAUACCUGAUUCUCUCAACUGUUACAGCUGGUGUUCGUAUUUAUGGUUUUAUGUCUGCAUUUACAAGCUUGGCAACCUGUUAAUUUGUAAAUUACAUUAUAAACUUCCAAUCUUUUUUUGAUAGGGUUUUUCUUUUCUUACAGUGCAAUGUUUGGCCUUGAAGAUGACUGACGGCGCCUGA